UGUGUGUUCUGUGUUUCUCUACCCUUUGAGCGACUGACAGGAUUACAACAGGAGGGAGGAGAAGUUAUUUGUCUCUAGGUUCGUCUUCUCUUCGCCAUGGAGGUUCAGCCGCAUUUCUACCGUGAGGAAAUAAACAGCACGAUGUGGGAAGUCCCGGAGAAAUACACACGGCUUAAACAGAUAGGCACCGGGGCGUACGGAUCUGUGUGUUCAGCAAUAAAUGACAAGACUAAAGAGAAAGUGGCCAUCAAGAAGCUCCACAGACCGUUCCAAUCAGAGAUCUUUGCUAAGAGGGCGUACCGUGAACUCCGACUGCUCAAACACAUGAAGCAUGAAAAUGUGAUUGGACUCCUCGAUGUGUUUACGCCUGUCACAAGCCUUGAUGACUUCCAGGACUUCUACCUGGUGAUGCCUUACAUGUAUACCGACCUGUCCAAGGUGCGAGGCCAUCUCUCAGAGGACAAGGUCCAGUUUCUGGUCUACCAGAUGCUCUGCGGACUCAGGUACAUUCACAAGGCUGGAAUUAUCCACAGGGACCUGAAGCCUGGAAACCUGGCAGUAAACCAAGACUGUGAACUGAAGAUCCUGGACUUCGGGCUGGCUCGCAGUACUGACGCUGAGAUGACAGGCUACGUGGUGACACGUUGGUACCGGGCGCCUGAGGUCAUUCUGAACUGGAUGCACUACACCCAGACUGUGGACAUCUGGUCAGUGGGCUGUAUCAUGGCAGAGAUGAUCAAUGGAAAAACCCUUUUCAAAGGCAAAGACUACAUGGACCAGCUGACCCAGAUUAUGAAAGUGACAGGAGUACCUGGACCAGAGUUUGUACAGAAACUGGACACUCCAGAAGCCAAAAGUUAUAUUAAAGGCCUUCCUCGCUAUCCCAGAAAAGACUUUUCAACACUGUUUCCCAGAGUCAGUGCAAAAUGUAUAGAUCUACUGGAGAAGAUGCUGGUGCUGGAUGGAGACGAAAGGCCCACAGCUGAAUUGGCUCUGGAGCACCCAUACUUUGACACCUUAAGGGAUCCAGAUGACCUACCUGAGCCUACACCUUAUGAUGACAGCCACGACAAUGCCACAAUGUCCCUGGACGAGUGGAAGCGGUUAUGUUUCAGGGAAGUGAAAAGCUUCGUGCCAUUCCCACGGAGAGACUCCAAGAGGAAAAACACUCUCACUAUGUCUCCGUGACAGACCAAACAUUGUGUAACUCCUGAUGCCCCAGUCAAUAUGACCAACUGCCAAUGGUGCCCUUGCAUUUUCCAACUAUGGAAACACACUUUUACCCUGAACAAGUCUGGAUUUUCAAUCAGUGUGGGAGAAUAAUUAUUUUAAAACAGCUGUACCGUUUUUUGCUUGUUUUUUUAUGGUUUACUGUUUUGUUCAGGGUUUGUUUUGGUUUUUUUUUGGUAUAUGCAAUCUGUUUUAAUAUAGAUAUGGCUGUAUGUAACUGAUUACCUGUUUUAGAAUAGUCUUACAUCUAUAUCAUGACCAAAUGCCACAGGAUUUACCCUAAGUUUACUGGAAAAUUAUUUUCCGUUUAAACCAUAUGAAAUGGUUUGUACUGAGUUCUGUUUUGCACUUAGCAGUAAACAAUGCAUACGUAAGGAGAUUCAAGUGAUAAAUGCUCCAUGUAAUUUAUGCCCUGCUCAAUUCUCUUAAUCAUUAAAUAUGAUGCAGUCCUGAAGAAGCUAUGUUUCAUGUCCUUAAAUUAAAGUUGAGCAAUCAGUAAGUCUGCUUUUUGUCAAAUAAAUAUAAAGAUGAGUUUUGCCUGUAAAUACCCUGAAAUUUACGAUCACUGAGGAAUCCCAGGGCGGUUGGCAAUGGUAGUGUAAAUAUGCAAUAUAUUACCUGUCAGUCAGAAUGUGACAAUGACAGUGUGUAUGAUGUGUGUACUGUAUCACACUGUUGUGGUUUAGUAACAUCUGUCAUGACCUCAUGGAGAUGUUACUGAUAUUGUACAUUGGUACAUUUCAGGUUUGCAGUAACACAUUCAUAAGUUAUGAAAUACAGUUAAGUGGUUUUGUUAGUGGUUUUGAGAUUGUUUAUAACAUUGUAAGUAUUUAUAAAAUUAGCCACAAAGCUUUCCUUUUUUUUCUUUUUGAGAUUUGAAACUGAGUGUAUUUCAAUGUCAACAUAGAAUAAACUGUUAAAUCUACCUUAAGCAUGUGCAUGUACUUAUAGUCAGGUGGCUUAAUGCUAUUAUUCAAAUUUACCGUUAACAGGUGGAUAAAAACAUCACAUUGUCCAUGAGGCUUCUUCAGACUCUUAAUAAAGGAUUUUAGCCUAGGAGCCCACGAGAGUUUUCAAAAACUUCUCCCAAAACACACAACUUCAUGUAGUCAGCAUUUAAGAAAAAAUAUUGCUUUUCAGGAGUCUCAAGAAUAACACCAAUGACAAUAUGUAAUUUUUUGGCUAUUGAAUGAGCUGAAUCUGAUUUUAAUUUGUGUAGUUGGUGGUAAACAUAUCAAAUUUCAGCUGUGAUAUACAUGUCAUGCUGCGUGAUGUAUAUUUACUUAGCGCCAUUAAAAGCACACAGGUCAGAAUAAUAUGUACAUUUGGAGAUAUAUUAAAUUAAUUGGUUUGGGGUUACCUUCAUAUUAAAGAGGGAAGCAUUGGUCAUUAGAGAAUGAACUGUGAACAAAUUGUGAUCAACUCAACACGUUUAUUCAGUGUACUGAAAACAGAUACUCAGAAAUUGAAA